GCCCACGCUCACGAGAAAAGACACGACGACGACGACGACGCUCUGACGCCCAACACCUGUGACCAGACCCGGUGUCAACAGUUCCACUGACUUUCACCCCUCUUAUUCAUCCACAUCGGCCCUCAAUACCCACCCAAAUUGCUUAGAACAAUCGAUAGUGACACAUGUCUGGACGAUUCGUGAGAGCGUCGAAAUACCGGCACGUGUUCGGCCAGACGACGAAGCGAGAACAAUGCUACGAUAACUUGCGCAUCUCGAAAAAUGCCUGGGACACCAACCUGAUCAAGGCGAACCCCAAGUAUCUUGCCGUCAAUUGGGAAGCCGGCGGAGGAGGCGCAUUUGCAGUCAUACCUUUGGAAGAGCGCGGAAAGGAGCCUGAGCUGCUGCCAUUGUUCCGAGGCCAUACCGCAGUCGUGCUGGACACAGACUGGAGCCCUUUCGACGACUCCAUUAUCGCAUCAGCCUCGGACGAUGGCAAGGUCUUCCUCUGGCAGGUGCCUGACAACUUCACCCUGCGCACUGAUGCCGAGGAGCCUGAGGAUGUCAAGCCAGUGGGCAAGCUGAGUGGCCAUUCCCGAAAGGUAGGCCACGUGCUUUUCAAUCCGGCCGCCGAGAACGUUCUCGCAUCAGCCUCCGGCGACUACACUGUCAAGAUCUGGGAUCUGGAAGACGGCAAAGCGAAGCUCACGCUCAGCGGCAGUGAUAUCUUCACUUCGCUGUCAUGGAGCGCAGACGGUAACAUGCUAGUAACAACAUCAAGAGACAAGAAGCUUCGAUUCUGGGAUGUGCGACAGGAAAAGCCAGCACACGAGGUCAUGGGUCACAGCGGUGCCAAGAACAGCAGGGCAGUGUGGAUGGGCGAGCACGAUCGCGUUGCGACUACUGGCUUUUCAAGGAUGAGCGAGCGUCAAUUAGGUCUUUGGGAUCUUCGCGACCCCUCAAAGCCCGUCGGAGGAGACUUCACCGCUUUGGACUCUGGCUCGGGAAUCGCAAUGCCAUUCUGGGAUGAUGGUUCACAAAUUCUCUACCUCGCUGGCAAGGGUGACGGUAACAUCAGAUACUAUGAGUACCAGAACGACAAGUUCGAGUACCUGUCUGAACACAGAUCGACCAACCCGCAGCGAGGAGUGGCCUUCAUGCCGAAGCGCGGAGUCAACACCCACGAGAACGAGAUUAUGCGCGCCUUCAAGACAGUCGACGACGCUUAUAUUGAGCCUAUCAGCUUCGUGGUCCCACGAAGAGCGGAGACAUUUCAGGAAGAUAUUUAUCCUCCAACAGUCGGUACUGAGCCUGCAGUGUCCUCUGCGGAAUGGUUAUCGGGCAAGACCGGCCUCCCUCCAAAAUUCUCGAUGGCCGAUUUAUUCGAAGGCAAUGAGCCCAAGAUGAUGGCGGCGGAAGCAGUGCCAAAGCCAAGCGCCACCCCAGCGCCUGCGCCCAAGGCUCAGCCAAAGCCGGAACCCAAGGUUGAACCCAAGGUCGAACCCAAGGCCGAACCAAUCUCAGCACCAAGCGCGGCCGCACGCGAGAUUCCCAGCGUUAAGAGCAACAAGGAUUCCAUGUCCAGCAUGGCUGAGAAAUUCGCUGACAAGGAUGCGGAGAAAGAUGACGACGACAGUUCUUUCGAGGAGAUCCAGAAGCCUGUGGAGCGUCCAUCAGUGGCUGCUGCAAGACAAGCAGAGGUCACUAAACCUCGACCAGAGCCAACCAAGACUACAUCAGCGCCAGCGCCAAAACCAGAACCGAAAGCGGACACGAAGAAUCUUCCCACCAGCGCCUACACGGGCGAAGGACUUACCACGCCAGCUCCAUCAGCCAGUGCCGCAGCUGGCGGCUUGCGUGACGUUCUCAAUGAAAUUCGAGGAAUGCUGCAAAGUCAAGGCAAGCAAAUUGAGCAGUUGACGAGCGAAGUGGCACAACUCAAGGCCAAGGUCGGAGAGUAG